UCAGAGGACGCUGCUGGCGACGUCGCAAGAAAGGCAAUAGACCAAUCGUAGCACUUGGCAACGAACGGCGGGAUAAGACGGAGCACGGGAUUGGUCGAAAGAUCGUCGAGCGACUCGUGGUGGGACAACGGAUAAACAGUUUUCAAAGUUUCGAAGUGUCCUCAAGGCGUGUGGGGGGGUAUCCGCUAGGAAGGGGUAGCGGUGCCGCGUGCGUGUAUUUCCCGCUUCUUGCCUUAGCCAGGCAGACAGCAGCAGCAGUAGCAGUGUCAGGAGCGGAGCACCGAGUAUUAGUGUGGCGGUUACGGCCUUGUGUGAGAAAGUGUGUGUUUAUGUGUGUGUGAUGAGAAUAGUGUGUUAGUGCGUCGUAUGUUACUCUUUCGAAAGUGAAAAAGUCGAUUAAUUCGGAAUGACGUUUCGAAGUCGCUCGAAAAUAAUGGACCACGAUUAUAUUCUAUUAUCCUGACGGUACAAUAUCGCGACAAGGAACGACGUAUACGUCUUUUUUUUUUUACCGAGGCUUUUGUUUACAGACGCGCGAAGAGCUGUCUUGCUUUCUCCCGUUCUUCUCCUCGUUCUUCCUUCCUCUCACUCUCUCUCUCUCUCUCUCUCUCCAUCUAUCCAUUUGUAUCUUACUCGAGAUACUCAGGAUCAGGCUAAGCAGUUUCCCGCGCUAAGCACGUGAGAUAAUAAUUACAAGGCAAAAGCGAUAAGAGAUCGGUAAAAGUAAGAGAAUAGCAAUUUGUAUACAUACACGAGAGGAAGAAGAAGAAGAAGAAGAAGAAGAAAGUGCGUCGUAAGUGGCAUUUUACGAUGGAUCUAACGUGGUUGUGUAAUGCGUAGAAAAAGUAGCUGAUAGAUCAAGAGGAAGGAAAGAAAAGAAAAAAAGAAUUUGGAAUCGUUCGUUCAUCGUUCGUUCAUCGUUCGUUCAUCGUUCGUUCAUCGUUCGUUCAUCGUUCGUUCGUUCGUUCGUUCGUUCGUUCGUUCGUUGGUUCGUUGGUUCGUUCGUUGGUUCGUUGGUUCGUUCGUGCGUACGUACGUACGUACAUACGUACGCCGAGGACACACGCGUCGUUCGGUGCUACGUAAUAUGGUGCUUUUGUACGAUUUAGAAAUCGUUCCUAGGAAGAGGUAGUCUACGGUCGACACCGCGAUACGCCGGUGAGACGUCUUUCGCGGCAACGAAGAGGCGGGAAAAUUCGACAGGAUGGAGGAUGAAAUCAACGUGAAUUUGGGAGAACCGGCUCAUACCGCUUUCGAUAUAAGUAGGAACAAUUCUCACGGUUCUCAUGACAGCGUUGACAGUGGUUACUUAACCUUGACACCUCAUUCCGGUGUUUACACUCCGAUAAUCGCAGGAUGCAAAUCGCGCGUCACUCCUUUAAAAAGGCAUCAUCGGAUUCGUCAGGAUCCUUGGCAAUCGGAUCGCGCUCAACGUCAUCGUUCAAAGUUUAAUCAAUUGCUAAAUAGCAGUCAUAAUAAUGAUCAUGUCAUUUCCGAAAAUCAAGAAUGCACAUUCUCGUCCUUGGAAACUUCGAACUUGAGUAUCUCGAACCAAAGCCACAGCUUAGAACAUCCCAGUCCAAGUUGCACCACUCGAUAUGAAGAUUUUAGCGAAGCACCUACUAGCAGUAUUUAUGGAACAUGGAGAACUACGGUACCCGUAACACCGGCUUCUGCCAGUUUGCAAAUUCUUUCUCCUCCACCUUCUCCAGCAGUUCCUUCCUUGGCGGUACCAUCUUCCUCCUUUAUUGCCUCCGAACCAAUAGAGGAAGAUGUGGAAAUGAAACUAGUCAUUAUGCCACAGAGUACACCCCAGGAAACUAAUUCUACGCAUCAAAUUCUAGCACCUUGCAUCACGUGUUCUCCUACCGGUAGAAAAACUAAUACCGCAUCUUCUGUCGAGGGUCAAAAACUGCUAAGUAAACUUUGCAUCGUCGAUAUACCUUCUAUAACAGAAAUAAAGCCGAAGAGGUUGGAUUUCAGUCACCGUGCUUUCUCUUUGGCAUUACAUCGUACAAGGACUAGGCUAGAUUAUACCGGUAGAAAAACUGUGGAUCUUCUGGCGCUAUUAGGAGAGAAGAGUAAUCAUUGGAGGAUAAUCUCAAAAAUUCUAUCCUUCUUAGGACCACAGGAUCUUUGUUCUAUAAGUAUGGUAUCAAAAGUAUGGAGGAGAAUUUGCGUAGAAGAUUCGAGAGCCAAUACAAGAAGACUGAGCCAUAUAAUACUCAGGCAGAACACCAAGGAGAAUUUGAAAUUAAUAAAGAAAGUCAAAAUGGACAUGGAUACCCAGAGCAGUCCUAGAAGUAGAUUCGUCAGGAAGGGAUGCUUGAUGGAGGUCCAGAACUUGGUUGUUUCUUCCCAGCAAAGACCGCCCAACAGCCCGCCUGUAUCUCCGAGCAAAGUCAAAUUCCAUUCUUUCGUUAAGGCUAGUCGUACACUCGCACCAUGGGAGCAUCUACUACCAUGCCCGAGAUGUUCUUUUCCUUGCCACGUCGACGGCGAAAAGAACGUGGGAACGUGCUCGAGGCAGGGUUGCUCGAUGGAGUUUUGCACGUCGUGUUCUUCGAGGCCCCAUACAGGUCCUUGUAAGACGCCCCUCUUGGCCACGCCAACGAAGCGCAAUAAGCGGCUCGUCGUCGGUUCCAGGCAGAGCAAGCGAAACCUCAGAAGGUUGUAACAAAGAUGACGAGAAGAAGGAAGAAGAAGAAGAAGAAGAAGAAGAAGAAGAAGAAGAAGAAGGAGAUGAAGAGAAUAAGAAAGAGAAGGAGAAAGAAAAAAGAAGAAAGAAAAGAGAAGAUAUAAAGAAAAAAAUUAUUAUUAUUAUUAUUAUUAUUAUUAUUAUUAUUAUUAUUAUUAUUAUUAUGAUGAUGAUGAUAAUGGAAAAAAAGGGCGAAACUUUGAGAAGGAAGAAGAAACGGCGGAAGACUCGUCGUCGGCCGUUCUGCAUAAAAAAGAAAUAAAAAGAAAAAAAGAAAUAAAAUAAAAAGUAAAAGAGAGGAAAGAAAAAAAAAGAAAAUAAAAAAUAAUCAAAAUAAGAUCUCAUAUCCGAUCAAUGAUCCCCGAUCGAUGGAGGAGUUUGGUCGAUCAUCGAAAUGAAAAGAGAAAGAUAAAGAAGAAGUUGCCUUUACCUAUCAAGCUCUCUUCUCGUGUAAUAUCACGGUAUAAGGAUAAUCGUAGGAGCGGCACGAAGUUUCAACCUCAAAUUACGGCCUUGAUCGAGAAAGGUAUUCGCCAUGGCUCGGCUCUCGCACCACGUAUGUGUAGUACGUUUACGCGAGAGAGUCGUGGCCUCUCGGUACUUUCUUUCUCUCUCUUUCUUUCUCCCUCUCUCUCAGAAGCAGCAGAAGCCACCGGUGCACCUGAGACCCAGCAACUUCUGGGACCUGCUCCGUUCGUUAUUAUCGGCGAGUUGCAAGGGCCCUGUCGUUUUCGUCGAAGGAGAAAAAGUGGGAGGCGGUUGUUUGCCAAGACAGACAGAGAGGAAGAGAGAGAGAAAGAGAGAAAAAGAAAGAGAGAGAGAGAGAGAGAGAGAGAGAAAGAGGAAGUGAGAUUAGCAGAGGAUGGACCAGAGAAGGAAAAGAGAAAGAGCGAAAAUGAGAAACCAUAAAGCAAUGUCGUAAAACUCUCCUCUCAGGGGAGGAGAAAGGGAAGAGAUGGGGCUGGAUGGGAUGGGUGGAGGCAGGUCGUCGCGCCCCCGGAUAUUUCUUACUUUAUUUUCUUUUCCUUCUUUUUAUUUCUUUCGUUUCUUUCUUCCCCUCACCCCGCGUCUUUUCUUUUUUUUUCUUCCUUAUUUUUUUCUUUUUUUUUUUUUUUUUUUUCUUUCUUUCUUUCUUUCUUUUCCUUUUCCUUUCUUUCAUUUUUUACUCUCACGACGAACGCAUCGGGCGAACUCUCUUUUAACGAAGAGAAGAAGCCCCCGGUACACGAAUACCUCUUAAUGGAGAGCGAGAUCACCUUGCACGCCGAUCGCGAAACGAGAGAACACUCUUCUCUUCUUCUAUGCCUUCCCUUUCGCGCUCUCUUUCAUCAGGAAGAAUUUAUGCGAACCAAUCUCCGAUCAUUCUAUCUUCUUAAACGUAUUUCCUUCUGUAUUUCAUUUACCAUGACGUUUUUAUCGUUUAUUUCUCUACCCUUAGCUCCACCCGCCUCCCCCAGUACCCUUUAAAUUUUUUUUUUCUUUUUUUUUUUUUUUUUAUUAUAUAUAUAUAUUGUCAACGAUGGAUAAUAUGUUUGCUCGUUAAUUAUUCUUCUUCGUUUUAUUUUAAUAUUUGAUUUUUAUUCUUUAAGGAUAUUCACAUUCGAUGCUUCGUUUUUGUCUGUGUUCUCUAUUCGAAAAAAGAAAGAAAAAAAGAAAAAGAAAGUGAGUGAGAUUUAAAAAGAGAAAACAAAAAAUGUUGUUCAUCGUUCUCAUUUUUCAUUCUCUUCUCCGUAAUGAUUUUAUCGAUCAAAACAAACGGUCCGCCCGUUUCUUCGUUUACUUUGACAAAUUUAUUCGACUAUCAAAUGUCUAAUCAUCGACGAGCCGAAGACCUCGUUUCGUAUGUUUAAUCUUCGAGGAUACGUCGUUAUUCUCGCAAUUUAAUCGUCGUAUCAAUUUGUCAAGGAAAAUAAAGGAACUCCGGGCGUAAAUAUUUUAACUUUUACGACGCGUCAUUAACGUUUCAAGUUAACUUUUUUUCCUGAUUCCUGCUUAAGCGUAUUCUAAGGAAAAUAGAGGAGAUAAAGAAGAGAGAAAGAGAGGGAGAGAGAGAGAGAGAGAGAGAAAAAAAAAAGGAGGGUGGGAUAAGAAGAGCGAGAGAGAAGAGAGUAAGAGUAUAACUCUUUUUUUAUUUUUUACGAGGGGAGGGAAGUCUCCUAGUUUCGUUUGUGAAAAACGACGAAGAAAUACGAAAGAGAGGAUUAAGAUUGCAUUUUUAUGAUUUGUUCGUGUCUCGCUCACAUGGCAUUGAGAAGAAAGAAAAAAGAAAGAAAGAAAAAAAAA